AUGCACGCGCUUGCCGCGUUCAGAGAAAGUGAAAAUGACAAGCUUCAAGAAUUUGCCGACCUUUGCGCUGAUGUAACCAGCCAAAUAUCCUGCCUGCCUGGCCUCGCAUGUCUCAACUUUCCCAAUGCAAUACAGCCGAUCGCCGGUAAGCUACCACCGUCGCUUCGCGGGAAAUGGGAGAAAGAACUUGCUAAAUUCUCGGAGAACAAUGGAGACGCCUAUCCUGGCUUUCACGUUUUCUCGGAAGUUGUUCAAAAACAUGCUAGGAUAAAAAACAAUCCAAACAUUAACAUUGGAGCUAGACUUGCCAAUCCUCCUAUCCAAACGCCGAGUCGCGCAGGACAGAACAAAAAGGCGCUUAAAACAAACACUGACCCCAACGAUUCAAACGCACCAACAAGAGAAAGGGAGACAAAACGGUGCCCAUUCCACGACUGAGACGGACACAGCUUAGAGGAGUGCAAAACCUUCGCUGCAAAAACAUUAGAGGAGAAGACUGAAUGGAUCCUUCAGCCUGGACUUUGCUAUCGCUGUCUGUCCGAAGGCCACAGAGCAAAGGAUUGCAGACAAACGAUCAAAUGCAGUAUAUACAAACGUCACAACGCACUCCUCCACAAAGAGAAGCUGAAGAAACCCGAAGGUGGAGAGUCGGUCGACACAAAAUGCACAUUCCUGUGUGGAGCUAGCAAGGGCGGCGUGUCAUGCAGUAAACUAGUACUGGUUGAUGUCGUCAGCAAAGAGAGACCGAAAAGUAUUUGUAGAGUCUAUGCCAUUAUUGACGAUCAAAGCAACUCGUCCUUGAUCACCAGCGAACUUGCCGAUGAAUUAGGAGCAACCGGCCCAGAAGAAAAGUAUUACCUAACUACAUGCAGUGGCGAGAAAGAGGCAAAGUACGGACGACGCGUGACAGGUGUAGUCCUAAAAUCCUUAAAAGGAACGGAGUCAGAACUUCCCACCCUCGUCGAAUGCAGUAAUAUCCCUCGCGAUAAACAAGAGAUUCCAACACCGGAGAUGGCCAGGAGAUUCCCACACCUCAGCGAUAUCGCGAACGAAGUCCCGCAGCUUGAUGGAAAUGCCGAAAUUCACCUGCUUAUCGGACGAGAUGCCCCGGAGUUGCUUAAAGUGAGGGAAUUCAGAAACGGGCCAAAAGGAGCCCCGUGGGCGCAAAAGAAAUCGUUAGCCUGGACGAUAAUCGGACAGAUGUGCCUAGACCUAGUCGGGGGACCCGUGCACGUGCGCGCCUGCCGCACCAGUCUCCUCGCGGCCGGUCCGGGGGAGAAGUCAACGGAGACAAACAAUUACGAAUUCCUGCCAUGCCCUAACCAGUUUACUGUAAAAGAGAGCUUUCUUGAGCAAAAGAGAGACAUAACGGACAACGUGUUCAUUACGAGUCGGGAGGAUAACGAUGUGAGCUUAUCCUGCGAAGAUCGCAAAUUCUUAGAUAUCAUGGAGACUGGCGUACAUAAAAACGAACAGGGGAACUGGGAAAUGCCUCUACCCUUCCUCCGUAAAGAUCCUCAUUUGCCAAACAAUCGGAGUCAAGCAGUCAAUCGUUUAAAUGGCCUCAUCCGCACCUUAAAAAGAAAGCCUCAGAUGGCAAAGGACUACGUGGAGUUCAUGGGGAAGAUCAUCGAAAAAGGCCACGCCUCCCCGGUGCCAAUAGAAGAAAUUACUAA